UGAGUCACCUUUCAUUUCUCCUCAGUCAACCUUCCAAAUAGUGGCUCCUAACUUCCACUGAAACAGAUUUCACACGGCAGACUGCCUCCACGAACAGAAACAAAAAAAAAACAAAACAAAAAAAAACACGACAUAUUAAGCCUGAAUGUGCGCCGCAAUGAGCGCCUAAUUGGCUGGACACAUGUGCUGCCUGUAACUAAGCUGGUCCCGGGCUCCUGUGAUCUGUGGAGCAGGUACUCCGGGAGACCAAUUGGCAGGAGCUCCGGUCCAAUCAGCUCCCUUCCUGCGCAGCGUAAAGCCACUUGGGGGGGAGCGUGGAGGGCCGCUUGCUCUSGGUGCGCAUUUGUGAACAGACGCCCUCUGGGAGCGCACAGACUUGCGGCACUGUUGAGUUUUCUAGCAGCAUCUUCAGAGGGUUAGAUUGUGCGGGCAGCCCUCCUCCUCCUCCCCGCCCCACCACCUCCACCACCCGCGGACACCCCACCAUCCUUCGGUCAAGAUGCAACUUUAAGCAGCGGGAGGAAGUUAAGAACGACGGUCCAGUUUUGUUCUUCCUGCCUAGAGAUGAUGUUCUCUGCCGCCGGGAAGCGCUGCUUCACGAUAGAGUCUCUGGUCGCCAAAGAGAACCCCCUGCCAGCCGAGGACCCCAUCCGGCCGACGGCGUUGAGUUACUCCAACCCGACCACAGAUGCCUUAAUGAACGGCUACCAGGCUCCGGCGGCCAGGCCUCUCUACCAGAGCCCGGAGCUGGUGUUCCCGGAGACGGUGAACCACCCGUCCCUCACCGUGGCCCCGCACCAGCUCGGAGGCUCCCACCUACAGCAUCCGCACUUCUUCGGCACGCAACACCGGGACCCGCUCAACUUCUACCCCUGGGUGUUACGGAACAGAUUUUUUGGACACAGAUUUCAAGGUAACGAGGUGUCCCAGGACAGCCUGCUCCUGCACGGUCCCUUCGCCCGGAAGCCCAAGCGCAUCCGGACGGCCUUCUCUCCGUCGCAGCUGCUCCGCCUGGAGAGAGCCUUCGAGAAGAACCACUACGUGGUCGGAGCCGAGAGGAAGCAGCUGGCCAACAGCCUGAGUCUGAGCGAAACCCAAGUGAAGGUUUGGUUCCAGAACAGACGGACGAAGUACAAGCGCCAGAAGCUGGAGGAGGAGGGUCCAGACAGCCAGCAGAAGAAGAAGGGGAACCACCACAUCAACAGGUGGCGCAUCGCCACCAAGCAGGCCAGCUCCGAGGACAUCGACGUGACCUCAGAGGACUGAACACGGGCCUGAGCCUCAGAGGACCAACACUAUUUAUUAUGUAAGAUUAUUAAAAGCGUUGUUAGACUCAUUAGAGGAAGACUCAAGGAUUCCAUGUGCGAUCACUCCACGUCUUCAUUGAGGAGUUUGGACGUCUCGUGCCGCCGCGACGACAGCGGAGCAUCAUUUUACGAUGGCUGAAGAGAAAAGUCGUACCCUAGAGUACCAUGGUGCUCACUUUUUCUUUUUUUCCUUUUCCUUUUUUGUACAUAGGCCAAUAAUGAAGGUUAACAAAAAGCUAAUUGUUUGAUCACUUCCACUUUACUUCACUCGCUUUCACCUGUGCACCACAUUAAGUCGAACUCAUCCUCGAUAUGAAGCUGUGGUCAGUCAGUGAACAUGUUGGUGAAACGGAACGAAACAGAAAACUUCUCAGACUCCUCACCACUUUUAUUUUUAGAGACGGUCUUUGUUGUCCUGCCAAUGAAGGUUUCCCACCAGCGGGAGGCGACCUGUGACCCCGGGAAGCAAGUCGAGUCGCAAUCACGAAAUCGUUGUCUUUCACCACCGUGGAACCGUCGCCGUGGGCGAUGCACAAGACAACAAGUCCCCGUUUGUUGCAGAUUUUACGAAGCRCCGCGUGUAGAGCAAGACGCGUGCGCAGCCGCGUUUUUCAAGCGCGAAAUGUAUUUACUGACAGACGGCUUUGGAAAUAAAAACUUUGAGACUUGCUCCUGUUGCAUGAGAGAUUGCUGCGUAUUGAUUUAAUUGAGGCAGCAGUUUGUUCCCAGCAGCUACAGCAGCUGCAGAUUUCACUCAUUAGGUUGAUGCUCUCCAGCUGAGCUGGUGGAUGUGCAGAUUGCUGUGAAACGUGCUGCUGCAGGGGCUGAUAAGAAAAAACCCCAAACAUUUAAGGCUCAGUGGUGACUAGGAUACAGCGACAAAAUUAUUAAUUUUGUCACGUUACAAACACAAAUCCCUGUGUAUUUUAUGCAACCGGCUUAUACAAAUUAGCGUAUGGUUGUAAAAUGUUUGAAAUGAAUCCAUGGAUAUCAAACAUUUGUUUCAAAUAAACAGAAAAGAGUGCUGAGCAUUUGUAUUCACACCCCUUUACUCUGAUAACACUAGAUGAAAUCUAUCUCACCUAUUUACAGUCGCCUAAUUAGUAAACUGUUUGGCUAUAAUACUAUCGCUCCAUUUGGAGAAAGAAGUGAAGGACAAUUACAAGCUGAAGAACUGGGCUGACAGAAUGGGAAUUAGCUAAAGCUACAGUUCCAGAUUCUGACCAGACUGAAAGAAUGUCUCCUAAAUGUAUAAAGUGCACUAAAUAUAUUUUUAUUUCAAAGCAGAAUAUCAUCUGUCUCUGUUUUAAUAGUAAAACCCGCACACUGCUUGGUAACAAACUUACACUUCUGGCUAAAUAAACUGUUAAAAGUCAAUAACUAACAUUUAUCUAAAAACGUAACAGGCAUGGAGAGCUUUCCAAACAUUGCAACUGAAGUUUCUGAUCUUCACACACAAUUCUGGUGUCCUUUGACAGAUAUUUCAAGCUGGUCAGAUUUGUGAUGCGUUGAAAAGAAUAAGGAAUCCACAAAGUUUGAUUGGUAAAUUUUAUUGACUUUUAUUGAAUUGUAACAAGAAAACUGAAAAAAAAAAUAACAAGGCCCAAAGCUAUUAGAGAUCCAGAUUUUAUUUUAUUAGGUUGCCACGUCCGAUGAGGCACAAACUGACUCUUCCAGGGCAAAUUGAGAGGAGAGGAUGGAUGGGUGUAAACACCUACAACUGGGUGAUAUGGACUUAAGUUUUAUCACAAUACUUUGUGGUACUAUUGUUAUAAUAAAAGUGAAGAUAACUAUUUAUUACAUACUUUUUAGGUCACCAUGUAACUGUGUCACAGCAAUUACAGCCCCCCAGACACAAAUAACGCUCUUGAAAAACAUUUCCAUAAUACAAUUCUUUAUGAACCCAGUCACAAAGAAAUGUGAUUUACAUCAUUAAACUGCACUUUCAAUGUAUUGGUAUCUAUCGAUGCUUUUCUUGAACAGACAGUGAAGAAAAUACUAAAAUCUUUCAAAGUUUUAAAUAAAAUGAAUUGGAAUUUAUCGGGACUAUGAUAAAUCAAAAUUCUUUUAAAUCUAAGAAAUUUAUCCCGAUAAAUGAUAAACAAUGUGAUAAACGCACACCUUGAUAUACACCUCCAUUACAAUAAUAAUAAUA